CGCCGCCUCGAUCAUAUCACUGGCGCUUUCCAUUCCCGUUGCAUUUCACUCCGAGAUCACGAACGCGUCGCACAUAAGCCAGGAGCAGCGGUACGAAUUGUGCGCGAUCCACAGCGAUAUGGAAUCGCUUUCGGCGCCUGACCGCGGUGUAAACGUGGACCGAGAAGAUGCGAGAACAUCGGAACCGGGUUCGUCUUCGUUAGGGUCGACGACAACCGAAGGCAAUCCUGAAAGCGGAACGAGUUCGUCGGUACCUGAACCGAGUGAGCAUCAGCAAGCAAUUUCAGUUCCUGCCGAUUUCCUGCCGAUAAAAAUGGAGAUAAAGAAAAUGGGGGUUGAGAUAUCGGACGAGAGGGCCGAGCAGUUGAAGAACGACGUGAGGAGACUGUCGCCGGAAGUUGUGAGCCUUAGGGAAAGAACCCUCGGUGAAAUAUCCCUGACACCAGAUUCCACCUUCUACGAGGUAGCGAGCGAUGCCAACGAUGAAGAGAUUUCAACCGAGCAAAAAGGCUCAGAAUCGACACCCAGUAGUGCCGAGAAGCACCUGAUCGCUGAAGAAGACCUUCGAGUCCAGCUUUCGAGGCACCAAGAAACGGAGCAUGAGUCGUCGUCGUGGUGGUCCCGAAAAGUGAAGUGCGAUUCGGAGGUUGUUAGUGGUGAGGAACUGGUGAUGAUCGCGAGAAACGAUGAGAAGGCUGAGAAUAGUGAAUCCGGGAGUGUUGGUGAAGUCGAGUACGGUGUUGGCAGGACUGAGCAAACGCCCUCGAGUCCGAGGGCUGUGAUUCAAAAACUCGUCGAGGGUGAGGAAAUAGUCUUUGCUGGUGCUGACGUCGCCUGCGUCCAGCUCCAGGCCUCGUCGAUGACGAAUGGUCUCGACUUUAUCGUAGCCUAUCCGGAAGCAAGUCCCUGCAGCUCGACCGAAAGCGCUGAGGACCCCCUUAGGGACGCUGAAACCGAGACGGACUCGGAUUGCAGCUCUGAGCCCGCCGCGAUCUGUGCCGCGACGGAGCCCGUUGAGUCGCUUCAAACUCGCGGCGACUCGACGGACAUAAUCGUCGACUGCGACAGGGUUCAGUCGGACAGACCGCAGACCUUCACUGAAGAUUCAGCCGAGAGUCUUGCCCUCGCCGCCGGUGCCGGGGACGAAGUUAGGUCAGAUGGAAGUGAUUCUGGACUCGGCGGCGAAAUUGCUGGCGAACCUGGACCAGCUCCUGCCCCAGAAAGUGACUCGGAAACUUCCUUUCUUGAUAGGAUACCCAACGAAAUACUCUCUAAUAAGGACAAAGCGUCCGAACAACUGGAGACCUUUGUACCGGUCAAAGGAGACGCGGAAAUGAUGACUGGGUCUGAGGUGCAGAGGCCCGACCUCUUGGCGAUCCCGAUACUCCCUGCACUUCAAAGUCCACCGAAAAGCAACCUGAAGAGGCGGUUGACGGACUGCAUGGAGGGUGAACCAGACGCGAAGAGGUUGAACCCUGACGAGUCGCAGAAAAAGAAGCGGAACAUCCAAUUCGACGCGGUGACGGUUUACUAUUUCCCGAGGGCGCAGGGUUUCACCUGCGUGCCGUCACAGGGAGGAAGCACGCUUGGCAUGAGCGCGGCCCACACUCAUGCUGAGAGGUUUUCGCUGACGGAACACGCGGCCGAACAGCGGCGGAUUCACCGUGCCAGGUUAGCUCAGUUGCGCUCAGAACGGGCUGCGAACAACGUUGUUGAAGCUGCUUCGAGCUCCGAAGAUCCCAGUGACGACACCGACGAGGAACCCAGUGACACUGAGGAACUCGACAUUGACAGCUACUACUUUCUCCUCCCUGUUCCCACCUGGCAGAGACGGGCCCUUCUCAGAGCUGCUGGGGUGCAAAAAAUCGACACUGUCGAAAAAGACGAGUGUCGUGACAUUCGGGCCAGUAGGAAACACUGCGGCUGUGGGUGCAAAGGCUAUUGUGACCCUGAAAGCUGCCCUUGCAGCAGGGCUCACGUUAAAUGUCAGGUGGAUCGUGCUGGUUUUCCUUGUGGCUGUUCGCGCGACGGCUGCGCGAACAGUUCGGGCAGGAUAGAGUUCAACCCAGUAAGAGUUCGGACGCACUUUAUUCACACACUGAUGCGUUUGGAACUGGAAAAGAAGCACCGAGACGAGGACUGCACUGACCUUCAUGACCUUGAUGCGCAGCGGGGUUUGCCAGUCGGCAUGGAUGGCGUCGAAGGUUCCUGCGCGGUGAAUGGAGGAGGGUUCACGACCUUGCACUACACGAACCCUCCACAGGAAGCCGGCUCCUGUCAGCAGCCCGAGAUACCGGGGACCAGGGAAGACAGUCUGGACUUGUACGCCAUUCGGGAUGACUGUUACCAGACAUGCAGUGAGGAUACCGUUGAUAGUGGAGCUCAAGGUCAGCCGCAGCAUCACCACCACCACCACCAUCAUCAUCACCAGAGAAAGCUUCUUCAUCCAACCGAGUUUGUGGGUCCACCGUUCCAGCAGUUUUCCAACGGCGGAGACGCGGCUCAUUCUGUUCAACAGUUCCAGCAGAACACCUACCAGGACUACCAGUCCUACCAAACGCUCCCGUCUACUUCCAGGGGACAGUUUCAUCAUCAAUUUCAAUCCGUCAGUCACACGCCUCAAGCGUUUUCUCACUAUGGCGGCUACGUCACGGAUCCCAUGGGUGCCGGUAACGUGGUGACAUCGAUGUCGGUUGCUUGUCACCAGCAGGCGCCAUCUAAUUACGAAACAAACUACGUCCAGCAGGACGAGGGCCCGCCGUCGCAUUAUACGAACCUGAACUCUGUUCAGCAGCCAACAAUGAGCUCAGUCCACCAUCAGCACCACCAUCAGCAUCACCAGCAGCUCGGGAAACUUGAACCUUUCUCGGAACUGCUGGCGGGUCGUUAUUCGUACUACGGCGAAGUGGAGUCGACAAGUCACCAGAUCUCGUACCCGACGGUGCAGCAGCCUGACAAAGCAAAUUCAGAGGAUGACAAAUCGCUCCAGCAUCAGCGGCCUGAAACCAGCCAGCCGCAAAUGACAGAACAGCAAAACAGCGGCGAGGAUUGCAGUGACGAGAACUUUGGUGAAAUUAUAAAAAAAUCCAUGGUUGAAACUGUCUCAGCGUAAGGUCAUGGAAACUGCUGGAUGAUACAAAGGAUCUUAGAUAUUUUUAUAGGUCGCGUCGCUUCGGAAACUUCGGCGUCUGUCAUGAGCAAACGGCCCGACAUGGAUUUUCUGGUAUCUGGUGACAAAAAGUUUCGGAACAAACAAAAUUGGCGUUACAAAAAUAGGAUUUCCAAAGUCAUACUUAAGAUCCUUGAUCCUGCACGAAUUUUAAUGAUCAUAGAUGUCAGGUAAACGAUUGCAAUUUUCAAUCCCUG